CAGCUGAGCAACUUUCCUCGGAGUGCUGCCUGCUGGCCGGGCGGCUAAAACACCAGCAGGCAAGAGGCAGAACCGCAGCUCGUUCUGGGGACCCUGCCGCCACCCUUCCAAGGGGUCUGCGCCUCCUGGGAGAGGGUGGGCAUCUCCAGGACGCGGGUCCAUGGUGGAUGGCUCUGGGGACGCUCCCGAGGCUGUGCUGUCUCCCUGCCGAACGGGUCGGAAGGUCACUGCAGAGGCUGCUCACGGUCCCAGGGCUGGGGCCAAGGGAGCCUGCACCAGAGACCCAUGUGGAACCCAAGGAUGCAGUCGCCCUGCUGAGAGCACGGCGGCACAUCUCUGGAGACCGUGACCUCGAGACGGUGGCCCUCGGCCCUUCACCUCCGGCUGGGGCGGGGGCCGCCCAUCUCCAAGUCCCCAGCCAUGACGACCUCCGCACUGCGGCGCCAGGUCAAGAACAUCGUGCACAACUACUCGGAGGCAGAGAUCAAGGUGCGCGAGGCCACCAGCAAUGACCCGUGGGGCCCGCCCAGCUCGCUCAUGUCCGAGAUCGCCGACCUGACCUUCAACACAGUGGCCUUCGCAGAGGUCAUGGGCAUGCUGUGGCGGCGGCUCAACGACAGCGGCAAGAACUGGCGGCACGUGUACAAGGCGCUGACGCUGCUGGACUACCUGCUCAAGACGGGCUCUGAGCGGGUGGCCCACCAGUGCCGCGAGAACCUCUACACCAUCCAGACGCUCAAGGACUUCCAGUACAUCGACCGGGACGGCAAGGACCAGGGCGUCAACGUGCGUGAGAAGGUCAAGCAGGUGAUGGCCUUGCUCAAGGACGAGGAGCGCCUCCGGCAGGAGCGGACCCACGCCCUCAAGACCAAGGAGCGCAUGGCACUGGAGGGCACGGGCAUCGGCAGCGGGCAGCUGGGCCUCGGGCGCUCUCGCGGUUCCCCAUCCUCCUACAACUCCUCCUCCUCAUCCCCCCGCUAUACCUCGGACUUGGAGCAGGCCCGGCCCCAGACGUCAGGAGAAGAGGAGCUGCAGCUGCAGCUGGCCUUGGCCAUGAGCCGGGAGGAGGCUGAGAAGCCGGUCCCCCCAGCAUCCCACAGGGAUGAGGAUCUACAGCUGCAGCUGGCUCUGCGUCUGAGCCGGCAGGAGCAUGAGAAGGAGGUGAGGUCCUGGCGGGGAGAGGACUCCCCUGUGGCCAAUGGUGCUGGGGCCCUGGUCUGCCAUUGGCAAGACAAAGAGCCGGAGAGAGAAGAGAGAAAGGAGGAGGAGAAGCUGAAAACCAGCCAGUCCUCCAUCCUGGACUUGGCAGACAUCUUCGCACCCACCCCGGCCCCGCCCUCCACCCACUGCUCCGCUGACCCAUGGGACAUCCCAGGUCUCAGGCCGAACACAGAGCCCAGUGGCUCCUCCUGGGGGCCUUCUGCAGACCCCUGGUCUCCUGUUCCCUCAGGAAGCACCCUGUCCAGAAGCCAGCCCUGGGACUUGCCCCCUAUGCUCUCCUCCUCUGAGCCCUGGGGCCGGACCCCAGUGUUGCCCGCCAGACCCCCUUCCACCGACCUCUGGGCACAGAACUCCCCCCAACACAAACUCCCCAACACUGGGGCUGACCCUUGGGGGACCUCAGUGGAGAUCUCCAGUGCACCUGCUCUAGGUGGUACCUCACCCUUUGACCCAUUUGCCAAACCUCCAGUAUCCACAGAGACCAAGGAGGGGCCAGAGUGUGCCCAGGCCCUGCCCUCUGGGAAGCCUGGCAGUCCCGUGGAGCUGGACCUGUUUGGAGACCCCAUCCCCAGUUCCAAGCAAAAUGGCACCAAGGAACCAGAUGCCUUUGACCUGGCUGUACUGGGGGAGACGCUAACCCAGCCCAGCCAGGAGGCCCGAGCAUGCCGGACUCCAGAGUCUUUCCUGGGCCCUUCAGCCUCCUCUUUGGUCAACCUUGAUUCAUUAGUCAAGGCGCCCCAGGCUGCAAAGACCCGAAACCCCUUCCUGACAGGUCUCAGCGCUCCAUCCCCCACCAACCCCUUCGGUGCGGGCGAGCAGGGGAGGCCGACCCUGAACCAGAUGCGCACCGGAUCGCCGGCGCUGGGCUUGGCGGCCAGCGGGCCGGUUGGCGCGCCCUUGGGCUCCAUGACCUACAGCGCCUCCCUGCCCCUCCCGCUCAGCAGCGUGCCGGCCGGCGUGACCCUCCCCGCCUCGGUGAGCGUCUUCCCGCAGGCGGGCGCCUUCACGCCGCCGCCCACGAGCCUGCCGCAGCCACUGCUGCCUACGUCGGGUUCCGCCGGGCCGCUCCAGCUGCCCCCGCAGGCCGGCACCAACCCCUUCCUCUGAGCGCAGCCCCGCCCCACCCCCGCCUCCGCGACGCAGGCGCGCGAGCCGCCCUCCACCCGCCGUGGGGGCGGGGCGGAGCGGGGCGGGGCGGGGCUCUAGCCCCAGGACCCGCCCCAGGAAGCCCGGAACGGCUGAGACU